UCGUUUGUUACAUCGACAGAUUUGUGCAAAAUAUAGUGCUUUGAACAAAAUAACAAUAUGCUUGCUGUAUCAUAUAAGAUGCUUUGUGUUGUGGAGGCUUUAUUAGUGCUUUUUGUAACCAGCUUUACAUUCAUCAACGCCAUUCCAGAAUAUUACAUGGAGGAGAGAUGUAAUGUCAACAAUGUUAUUAAUCUGGCCACGGAAUCUCACGAAGCAGUCCGACUUCGUCUCACAAGAAACCCUGCCUAUACCCGAAACAUCAACUGUAUUAUGGUUAUUCAGCCUCCGCCGGGCAAAAAACUUGUCGUCCGCUUCAAUGAAGUAGACAUCCAGCAGCUACAAACUGGACAGUGUGUGGACGCUCUGAUUGCUAUAGAUGGUCAAGACCAAGUGUCAGCUAGACUUCUUCAAGGUACACCUCAACAAAUUUGUGGUCAGUCCAGACCAGGUCAGGCUUUCGUGACUCAGCAGGGCCCUCUCCUUCUGAGAUUCGUCAGUGGUCAAACCAACGUAGCACGGCGGGGAUUUGAUCUCCUCAUCACUGCCUACAAAGAUGGUCCUUGUGCAUCCAAUGAAUACACUUGUAACAACCAGCGAUGUAUCAACGAAAACCUGCGCUGCUCAGGACUCGACCAUUGUGGGGAUGGUACAAAACCGUGUCCUCUGACCGCGGAGGCAGUGGCCGGGAUCGCGGUGGGAGGGGCACUCAUCCUCAUCAUCAUCAUUGCCCUCAUCGUUUUCUGUGUUUGCAGACAUAAAAGGAAGACGAACUUUAGUGAAAAGGCGCAUGCUCACGACAACAGACGAAAUGGCUACGAACCAACAGUAGUUAAAGGAGAAUCGAUCAAAAUUAGUGGAAACAAUGUCAGGGGUGUGGUUUAUUAAACAAAGACCAAUAUCCAGAACUACACGUGUGGGGCACUCGAUAGUUUUUUCUUGUCAUAUAUUAUCUAAAUACCUCAUACUGUGAUAUAUGGUGCCAUUUUUGUUCAUAUUUUCUACUUGUAUUCGACGUGUACACAUUUAAAAUACAUACUGUAUGCGACAUUCAUCUCUCUUACGCUAUG